CUCCUGCCGUUGCGUUCUGGGGAGAUCACUCGUCCCCGCCCCUCGCCCAUCUUUGGUCUCGAUUACGUCUCCGGGCCCUAGGAACCCAGUUGGGGCUUCGAUCCGUGCCUCAGAUCAUGUCUUCGUCUUCUUUAACCUGCGGCAAGCUCGCAUCUUGGACAAUCGCGGCCGUCCUGCUUCAGAUCCUCGGUCUUUCCCUUUUCGUCAUAGGUUUCUUUCCCGUCAAACCCACUCUCCCCGGCUUUAGGUCACGUUGCUAUUUUAGCGGUGCGGAGAGUUAUCGAGCGCCGACAUGUGAUCCUGUACUGGAUGCUGAAGAGCGGGAUCUGCCCUCGGAGAAGCUGAGAACAUUGUAUAAGGAACUGUCUAAGGUGCCUCCAUCAUAUGGCCGAUUAGUACUGAUGGUUAUUGAUGGGCUGCCUGCUGAAUUUGUGCUGGGAAGAGGUGACAAGCCUCCAACUAAGGCCAUGAUGGAGGCGAUGCCCUAUACUCAAUCUUUACUGUCCAGUGGAAAGGCAAGGGGUUAUUAUGCAAAAGCUGCACCUCCUACAGUUACCAUGCCUAGGUUAAAGGCUAUGGUCUCUGGUGCAAUUGGUGGUUUUUUGGAUGUGGCAUUUAACUUUAACACGCAAGUUCUAUUAGACGAUAAUCUUCUUGACCAAUUCAAACGCAUUGGUUGGGAGUUGGUGAUGCAUGGGGAUGAGACUUGGAUUAAACUUUUUCCUAGAAUAUUUACCAGGCAAGAUGGAGUGAGCAGCUUUUAUGUGAAAGACACAGUUGAAGUUGAUUUUAAUGUUUCCCGUCAUCUAGAUGUUGAACUUGCUGCUGAGGAUUGGAAUCUUCUGAUACUACACUAUCUUGGCUUGGACCAUGUGGGUCAUAUUGGUGGACGCCAUAGUACCUUGAUGCCUGCAAAGCUGAAGGAGAUGGAUGAUGUCAUUAAGAUGAUUCAUAUGGGCUCUACUGUGCACCACCAAAAUCCUGAUGCUAGCACAUUAUUGGUAGUUGUUAGUGACCAUGGGAUGACUAACGGUGGAAACCAUGGAGGAUCCUCAUAUGAAGAAACUGAUUCAUUAGCUCUUUUUAUUGGCUCUGGAGUUGAGAGCUUGGAGUUUUCUAUGAAUGCUCAUAAGGCCGUUCACCAGGUGGACAUUGCUCCAACUUUAGCUCUUCUUUUUGGGGUGCCGAUUCCGAAGAACAACAUAGGAGUCCUGCUGAGGGGAAUGUUUGAUACAUUGACAGAUGAGCAAAGGCUACGAACCUUACAGCUAAAUUCCUGGCAGUUAUUAAGACUAUUGCAAGCACAUUUACCCAACUUUCUUUGUGGGGAUGUGACUUGUAUUAGUGGUGAAGACAAUCUGCUAACUGAUCAAUCUAUUUUUAGCAUGAAGGAAAAUCUAUGUUAUUUAUAUUCAAGAGCUAUAUCUGCUCAUAAUGCAUGGCUACUCCAUCAGAUUUCAGGCUUGACAUCAAAUGAUGCUGAUGAUCUUGGAUAUGCCGUUAAUUCUUAUUAUGACUUCUUAGGAAAUGCGAGUGAGUGGUUGUCUCACAGAGCCACUGAUAAACCUAUCAACUUGCUUCUGUCUGGUAUUGUCAUAAUGCUUAUCUCAUGUGUUCUACUACUUAACACUGUAUUUAAAUUGUUCAAAGAAGUCUACAUUACACAGGGGAAGUACUGUUCUCAGCCAAAAGAAAUUAGUCAAGUGUGGCAAGUUGAUGAAGCCUUUGUUCUUAUUGGGCUAGUAAUUCAUGCUCUUAGUCUUGGUGCAAGUUCCAUGGUGGAAGAAGAGCAAUAUACUUGGCAUUUUUUGACUUCCACACUCUAUUUGUUAUUUCUCUUAACAACAAUCAGAUCACUUUUUAAGACGGCUGCAUCAGAUUUGAUGAAAAUGAAGAAGCCUGAAGAAAAUCUUACUCUCCACCUGGCUGUAUCAAAUGAUGAAAGCAGUUACACUACCAAUAACAGAUCAUUGCCCUGGACAAAAUUGCAGAAAAAUCAUCAAAUAUAUCCUGUCCUUGUUGUUCUCAUCUUUGGAAGAAUACUGAGAGGCUGGCAUCAAGGUGGUAUCAAUUGGGUUCAUCUCCCUGAUAUCUCAAAGUUGCUGAUGCAAGCUGGUUCCUUUAGUAUAAAAGCUCUUCAGAUAUUCUCGCUACUUAAUUUCAUGCUUGUGGGUUCAUUUGCCUUCUCUCUAGUAAGAUCAACGACACACUUUGUUCACAUAGUUCGCACGAGCUAUUUUAUGUCUGGAUGUCUGGUAUUAUUGCAUAUAAUCAACAGUCAGACUCAUAAUAUUGGACCAACAGAUUCUAGUGCCACUUCGGUAGCUCAGCUCUUCUACAUAUGUGCUGGGAGUGCAGUAUUACUAACUGUACUAGUAUCACCAUGGAUUUAUCCUGUUAAUCAUGAGGCAAGCAGUAACAUAGGUAAAUUUAAUUUGAGCUCUCAUGCUAAAGACACAAGUAGCAUAGCUGAAUCUAGCACCAGCUCUCUUACCAAAGAAAUGAUAAGUUUUUAUUUUCAAUGGGGAAUUGGACAUUGCACAUACCUGAUUGGAACCACAUGCAUGGUAUUUUGGUGUCUUUUACAGCUGCUACUACAGCAGCCAGUAAAUGCUAUUCCUCUGUUGGUGAUUUUUUUACAAGAAACAGCCAGCAUUAUCUAUUUUUCAUCAUACGGAUCACUUCACAAGCAAUGGAUUGAGGUUGUUGCAAUGCUCUUUUUGGGAAUGGCAGGUCAUUUUGGUCUGGGCAACAGUAACAGCCUGGCUACUAUUGAUGUUGCUGGGGCAUUUAUAGGCAUCUCAAGCCAUUCAACUGUUCUUUCCGGGAUUCUGAUGUUCAUUAUUACCCAUGCAUCACCUCUGUUGUCUUUUCUGAGCAUGCUGAUAUACAUUUCUCUAAAGGAUAUGAAUGGCCUAUUUCCAAGUAAUUUAAGGUGGAGCAGUAUAUUACAACUAUUGAUUGGAUUUCCUUGUUUGCUUCCACUGGUCUUAAACUCAGUUGUAUUGGUUGCUUUCACCAUCACAUUGCUGCUUAUGAGAAACCACUUGUUUGUUUGGAGUGUCUUCUCACCAAAGUACCUUUAUCUUUGUGCUGCAACUAUGUGUGUCUACAUUGGGGUACUUAUAAUAGCUGCCACUGUAGUUUACACUGGCGUCGUACUAUUUGUGAGGACAAAAAAUUUCAACUUGAAGCUUCAAAAUUUUGGAUGAGACUUAGUUAAACCAAGAUCAAUUUUCUUUACAGAAAUAUGUCUGCGAUGCAAAUGCAACUUCCCAUUUCAGUUCAUUUUCUUCUUGAGAACAAAGAAAUUCUCAAUGGGAGGUUCACAAUUUUUGAAUGAGACUGAGGUCUUCUGCUGAAGAAAAUAUUCAUUAUAAAUGAAAUGAAACGCAAUGUUGUUUUCGGAUCUACAAAGUUGAGACAGGUGAAACUUCCCGUUUGAUUUCAUUUUUCACUACCUCUACUUGAGCAAUUAACUGACCAUUGCAAGUUGCUACUUCAAAGUAGUGCACAUGAGGAUGUUUCGACUAUCUUGAUACUGGGAGGUAUUGACAUAUUAUUGAUUACACUUUAAACCAGAAUUGUGCAAAGUUAUCACUAGUUUUGUUAUUCUUUACAUUCUGUCUGAGUUAACAUAAGCUUUCAGGUUUUCCUUUUCAACAAAUAUCACUCUGAUCUGUUGCGCAAUGUUUGUAUUCGAUAUGGCAAGUAAUCCAUAGUUCUUACUUAGCCUUUCUGGUUAAGAAACAAUUAUCA